CUGUAGGUAUAAUAGUGUACUCAGUCCCGCGCUCCCCUCUAUGGUAUGUCACAGCAAGCGCGAGUCACAUGAUCUUGCAAGGAUCGCCAAAAAUCGCCGACUUCGAAGCUCCUGUCCAGACAGCGACGAUGACAACCAGCAACACAAUGACUGUCACAAUGCUCCGCAGAUUCCUGAUGCCAUCGGUACGGAUGCCAUUAUCUGCAUCGACACCGAAAUCAAACCCAUCACCCUCCCUCGUUCGCCACUUCUCCGCUACUCCUUCCCCAUUCGCAACUUACAACCAAGUCGUAAAGGGCUGCCGCGUCGCCCAGCGAGCACGAAAAGCUGUCUCUCCAGCUCUCCGCGACGUCAAGGCUCCCGAACUCAAAGGUGUCUGCAUCAAAGUCGGCAUCACCAAGCCCAAGAAACCCAAUUCCGCAGAACGAAAGACGGCAAGAGUAAGGCUUAGCACAGGCAGGGUUGUGACGUGUUAUAUUCCUGGGGAGGGUCAUAAUGUGCAGCAGCAUUCGGUGGUAUUGGUUAGAGGGGGCAGAAGUCAGGAUUGUCCUGGUGUGAGGUAUCAUUUGGUUAGAGGGGCUAUGGAUUUGGUACGUUAUUUUCUCGAAUGGUGUCUAAAUGGGACAAUAUUAGUACCUGGAAGCUAAAUAGGGCUAAUAAUUGUGCUUAGGGUGGUGUUGGGAAUAGAGUGACAAGUCGAUCAAAGUAUGGGACGAAGAAGCCGAAAACGACAACAUAGAACUGCAUAAAAAUUGAUUCUGGGAGGGGUAUAUGGCACGUUCUUAGAUUCGGAGAUGCAUUGAUGGCGUUGGGAAUUGGUCGACUAGCUCUGUAUAUCUAUGCACUGUACAAAAGGAAGAAAUGACUAGAACGAAGAGCAGAAGCCAUCGUUCGGGUGUCUAAUGAUGACAGCUGGACUCUUCUAUCCUUGUACCAUGCCUGUUCGCCUCAUCUUCUCUGCUCUGUAACUUCUCAUGAUCUCACGAACACGUCCAGCCAAAGUGAACAUCUAUACCUGGAGCUCGGUUGCAGAAAUUCCGGCCCUCAGAUCAGAAGAAAUAUUAAAAUGACAGUGAAAAGUGAGUAAAUAGAAACUUCACAAUCUGACAGU